CCCGUUCAUCAAGUGCACUGCCCUAGCGGGUCUUCCCUUAUCUCCUCGGCUAUCCCAGCUCUUCCCCGUCCCCACUCCUUCACAACAAUGGCAGGCUUACCCCUUCGACGCUUAAACUACCAAGCGCGAACCCUCUUGGCGCCAUAUCUUGCUUGUGUGAGGCCCGUCUCAUCUUCUGCUUCAGUCGACAAGCUUCAGGCGUUAGCCCUGCUUGCCGCACUAAGUGGCGGGUUCUCCUCUUCAAGCUUUGUAAGCAAGCAACAGGAGAUCCCUUCUUUGCACACACCUCAUCCCAAGUUGCAGAAGCUAAGCUCCUGCCUCUCUAAAGCAUUUCCCCAUAGGAGCAACAGUGUCUGCUCAGCUCCAUUUCUUGUACACUGGCCUCCAUGUCUGGCCACCGCUGCCGACCUCGCGUUAUCCGCGUUCCAGCUACUGUUGCAGCCUGUCAACAUCUGGGCCACCACUUAUGUAACUUGACCAAGCCACCCGUCGGGCCUCGACGGCCAGCACCUCCUCCUCCUCCUCAUCUCAUAAAAAUUUGACGUCUCAUCCAAGCAUCCUUCCUGAAGGCAGAUAAAAAAAAAAUUGAGUUUUUCUACAAGGUUGCAUGUUGCUAUGGGUUCUGCUAGAUGUAUCCUAUAUUUGGCUACAGAAGCAGAUCCCCCUAUUUUCCACAGAGAUAUCAAAGCAAACAAUAUGCUGUUGGACUCAAAAGUUUGUUACCGAGAUUGCUGAUUUUGGUUUACGACUUACACCAUUGCAAGAUCUUGAAGGGAGCAUGAUGGGGCAUGUGCCAGCAGUGGUGAUGGGAGCUCCGGGUUAUGUUGAUCAAGGGUACUUUUUAGCUCUUAAACUUAAGGAAAAAAGAGAUGUUUAUAGCCUUGGAGUUGUGUUUCUGGGGCUAUUAACUAGCAGCUGCCAAUCUCAACCGGCUAAAACACAGUUCGCGAGGUCAGCAAUUGAACUCAAUGGAAUCCAGCAACCUACAGUUGGAAUUGAACAUGACAGGCAAGUUAUCCCGUGA